CGUAUCUCUUCAAUAUUACUAAUUGUUAGUAGAUUGAAAUCUUUCUUAUUUUGCUGACAACAGUCUUACGUCAUGACUGUUGCUGUGAAAGGUUUAAAAGCAGCAGAAGCAGAGUUUCAUCUCAGUGAGUAGGGACUACCUCAGUACAGCAGUUCUGUAAUCUCUCAGCAUGGCAUUAUACUGACUUUCAAUCCUAGUUGAUUUGCAAUUUCCUAUGGAAAGUAAUUUCUUAACUGCUAGCAGACAGUAAGUAAAGUAAGUAAAAAAUUGACACAUUGCAAAACCUGCAACAUAAUGUACAGUUAUUAACAAAAGUAGUCCUUCCUGGGCCUGUAUUAACUGGAGGAUCAUGGUUAACUCUACACAAUUUUCAUAUUUCACACUUUCUUACUACUUUGACACUGGAAUUUUCAGAUAUUUAUUUUUCAUGAUUGUUAUGUUAUUAUAUAUUUUAACUCUUUGUACCAAUGUUUUGCUCAUUGUGAUUAUCUGUAUGAACAGAAGCUUACAUGAACCUAUGUACAUAUUUCUGUGCAGCCUGUUUGUAAAUGAACUGUAUGGUAGUACAGGGUUGUUUCCAAUGCUUCUGGUUCAGAUUCUCUCUGACAUUCACACUGUUUCUGCUUCAUUUUGUUUCCUGCAGAUUUACUGUUUGCACUCUUACAGCAGUGUAGAAUUUGCCAAUUUAGCCGUCACGUCUUAUGACCGAUAUCUCGCUAUUUGUUUUCCUCUACAAUAUAACACACGUAUGACAUCCAACAAAGUUGCCAUGCUUAUUGCACUAAGUUGGUUAUUCCCUCUUCUUUCAAUUGUUGUCCUGGUAUCUUUGAGUGCACCUUUACAGCUGUGUGGGAACAUCAUUAACAAAGUUUACUGUGACAACUACUCCAUUGUCAAACUGGCAUGCUCUGACACAACAGUUAAUAACAUCUACGGACUCAUUGUCACUUUUCUCGCAAUCUUGUGUCCUCUAUCUCUUAUUCUUUACACUUACAUGAUGAUUCUUAAAGUGUGUUUUUCUGGUUCCAAACAGACCAGACAAAAAGCUGUCAGUACCUGCGCACCUCACAUUGCUUCUCUCCUGAAUUUUUCUUUUGGUUGUUUUUUUGAAGUUGUGCAGGCCAGAUUUAUUAUGAACAGUGUAACAAACAUGUUGCGCAUUUUUUUGUCAUUAUACUUUGCCAUUUGCCAACCACUCUUUAACCCUGUACUUUAUGGACUGCAAAUGUCUAAAAUACGUGGCUUAUGGAAAAGCAUUGUCUUUGGUAAAAUGUAAACUACCUUCAGAAAUGAUGUAAUAUAUAUUUUCUAACCUUAAUAAUAUGAAAAAGAUGGAUGUUUUGAUGGCAAUAAUAAUGUUUAUUAAAUGUAAAUAUUAUUAUUAAGAACUAAUAAAUACAUUUCUACAUGAA